UGUCGCGUUUCCGUGUAAGUGCGUUGAGCGUGUAAAUGUUAGCAAGAUGGCGGCGUUGAAGGAGGAGCAGUGUUACGGACUGUCUUGUGGAAGAGUGAGCAAUGGCAGCAAUAUCUCAGUCUUUCACGUCAAACUUACUGACAGUGCUUUGAGAGCGCUGGAAGACUAUCAGAGCAGUAAGGGUGUCUCUGCUCGACCACUAAUACGAUUCACUGGAAAUCAAGGGAAAAUCUCAAUACCCCAGUCCACGAGUUCCAAUGAUCUGCGAACGUUUACGUUCUAUCUGUCCAAUGUGGGGAGGGAUAAUCCCCAGGGCAGCUUCGACUGCAUCCAGCAGUACAUUACAAGUGAAGGGAGCAUACAGCUGGACUGCCUGGGAGGCAUCCAGGAUAAAAUUACGGUGUGCGCCACAGACGACUCGUACCAGAAAGCCAGGCAAAGCAUGGCUCAGGCUGAGGAGGAGACGCGCAGCCGUGCUGCCAUCGUCAUCAAGCCCGGGGGAAGAUACGUGGGUAAACGGGUCCAGAUCCGGAAACCAGCGAUGGCCAUCUCGGACCCCACUGUAGCCCAAGUGCGGCGAAUCUCUCGUCCUGUGCUCAUCAGCGGCGGCACAAAGAAGAGUACAGUGCCACGGCCACUCAGGGAGCGCCUGGUCCACUUACUCGCUCUCAAACCCUACCGCAAACCUGAGUUGUUGGUGCGUCUCACAAAGGAAGGCCUCUCGCCCCAGGAUAAGGACACUUUGGACAGCCUCCUGCAACAGGUGGCUAAUCUGAAUAGCAAGGACAACACCUUCACAUUGAAGGACUGUUUGUUUAAGGAGGUUCAGAAGGAUUGGCCUGGCUACACUGAGGUAGACCAGCAGAUUCUGAAGAGGAUCCUUGUGCGGAAACUGUGCAAGGCUCAGAAUAGCGGUGGUCUCAUGCCCGGGGAGAAUCCCGUCAGCCCGCACAAAGAACAGGCCAGUAGCUCUCCAUCUCAGAAAAGGACUACUGAAGACUUUAUCGACCCCCUGGCAAACAAGAAGCCCAGGAUCUCACACCUGAUCAGCAAGGGAUCAGCACCCGUCAACGGAAAGUUGGCGAACUCUUCAAACGGGAAGGACUCGUGCGGCUUAUUCAGUGCCCCGAUUCCGCUACUGGAGCUAUCUCAGCAUCUCGAACCUCUGUCGGACGUCAGCAACGACUCGAGCCACAAUGGCCGAGACUGUGAAGGCCAGGAGCAGGCAGUGGCUGAGAGGUUAAGCCAAACCUCAGGCUUUACAGGAAGCUCUCUGCAGACUCGAACUCAAACCCAGGCGGUGUUGGGCUCCACAACUGUACCACCCUGCAGCCUAGAAGGAUCAAAGGAGCGCAGCAGCUCACCCUUGCUGCAUGGCAAGUCCAAGAAGUCCAAAAAACACAAAGAUAAAGACAAGUCCAGAAAGAAAGAUCCAGAGAAGGAGAAGCGGGACAGGAAAGCAGCGGAAGGUGGUGAUGGAUUGCUGACGAAAUUGUACAAUGUUCCAGACCUGAGCGUGAUGAGUAUUCCACAUAAAAGCACAGAUCUGAAUGGGACGUGCAACAGCUCCAGUAUUCCUGCAUCCUCGUCUGUGAUGGCAGACUAUUUACUAAAAUACACCGAGAUUAGGUCCCAGGAGCAGCGUCAGACCUAUAAGAAUGACUUCAAUGCGGAGUAUAGUGAGUACCGGGGGCUCCAUGCGCGAAUAGAGGGCAUCACCCGGCAAUUCACUGUGCUGGACGCUGAGCUUAAACAGCUCCAACAAGGCACAGAUCAGUAUAAGACAAUCCACAAUCAAAUACUUCAAGAGUAUCGCAAAAUAAAAAAGACUCAUCCCAACUACAGCCAAGAGAGGAACCGCUGUGAAUAUCUCCACAACAAGCUGGCACAUAUAAAGAAACUUAUAGCAGAAUAUGACCAGCAGCAACUUCAACAAUGGCACUAAUCCUGUUGUGUUAUUUUUCACUUUUACUUUCUGGAAACAAGACGGUGAGAGAGAAACUCUGGAUUCUGUGGAGUUUUCUUUACUCCUGUUUUCUGGCUCAUGAAAAGAGCAUUCCUGUCCCCAUACAGAGGGCCGACAGCUCUAGCGAGGGCACUACAGGCAGAUAUCGGUUUUCUUUUACUGGACACUCCCCCAUUUUUGCAGGGGGUUGAUUGGGUUUCUGGGUUUCAGUUCCCUCUCUAAUACCAAGUAGGUCUCCCAAAGAGCAGAAGACCUUGGAUUUUUUUGUUUUUUUUCCUUUUGCUUUACAAACUGGGGCACGCAACACUGAAACCCAUUUCUUACUUUGUUUAUUAAAAAAGAUUCAGAGAAAUAUCACAUCUCCCUAUAUAUUGAACGGAAGGUACUCAUAUUAUUUAUUCUUUCGUCUUCCUGGGGGUUUAUACCAGAUCUGUUGUACACUCCUCAGUAUGAGCUUUCUUUUCUUUCUUUUUUUUUUUCUCUCUUCCCCAAGCAUAAAAAAAAAAAAAAAAUCAGUAUUUUAUGCAAAUGCUGCCUUUGGUUCCAGGUAGUCCAUAGUUUGCAGUUCGUUCAUUCGUUCAAGUUUAUUCUCUGCCUUAUGCAGGGACUCUGCUGAAUAUCUCAAGCCAAGCCAGUUCAGCCUGUUUUACACUGUGUGUGAUAUUAUACCCGUCUCUUCCAUGUAUUGGAUGUUGAUGAUCUGCCUACAGGUGUGUCAGUUGUCUAUAUGUGUAAAGGCUUUUGACUGUAUGCUCUUGAUAUUUCAUUUCUCACUCUGUUGAACCCGCUACACCAAAACUGGUCAUUUUCCAUCUGGAGUUAAGAGCCAGGGCGUGUCUCAGGACGCCCCGAUCAACAUGAUCGCCCUUAAAAAGUAAAAGUUACCUAUUACUAUUAAACAUGUGCAAAAGCAUUACACCAGCCUUGAUGGACUUGGAUCUCAAGUCAUGUUUAUCAGGUAAAUUUAUAUACAAGAUCUCUCAAAUAUGGUGGUAUCCCUUUAAAGUAUGAAGAUUGUGCACACAUGUUGAGAUCCAGAGCGAAAGCAGGGUUACGAGCUGGAUAUGUGCUGUACUGUGUUCUCUUCGGUAAUGUAGAGCUCUAGACCAACUGUAGUUUGGAGAAAUAUGUACCAAGAACUUUUUAUUUUUCAUUUUUUCCCCCCUUACGAUACACUGCAGUUAUAUUACUGACUUUUUUUUAUUAUUAUUAUUAUUAAAGCGCCAGCGUUUUUCCAGACGACGGCUAGCCUGAGUAUUUGUCAUCUCAAGUAUUCACCUUUCAGUUGCAUCAAAACGGAGUCCGAGCUCCUCAUCGCGUCUAUAAAGAUGCCCGAAGAACGAUUUUCAAACCUGACGGCUGUCUUAGAAAGAGUUCAACCUGUUCAAACUGUUCAACCUUCUCAGAUGAUCUUUUCUGAUAUUGAGCUUUUUCUGUUUAAAUAUUAAAAUUCUGCACUUUGCACAGAACUCUUGCUGUUACUCUUACCUGGGUUUUGUGGUGAGGACACGUUCGUCUUGUCCGUCUUAGUGCAUGCUUUUGUGAAUGUGUUCAGGAAAGAAGACCAGAACUUGUACCAUAGAUUUAUUACUACUGUAGAAGGAUAUCUUGACUCUAAUAAAACAUGAUGAGAUGCAUCUCUGAAAACAUUUGAGACUGGAGAACAUGAACAGAACAUGCCCUUGAAUUGUUUUCCCCAUCCUUUGUGAGGAGCAACUGUUCAUUUUGUAUUAGAUUCAAUUCAAUUACAGUAUUGAUUUGGCGUUCGUUUAUUUGAUUCGACAGUAUGUUGUGACGAGUUGGUUUAGUUCCAGGUUAGAUGAUGAGAUAUUAGUAGAUCUUGAUAGAAAUUGUAGACCCUUUUUAAACAAAAUUACAUUUUUAAUACAACCUUGUCUCUACAAACCACCAGGACUUUUUCUUUUUCUCUCUCCUGGAUAUAAUUGGUGCUAAAAGCUAAUUGGUGCGAUCAAUAACACUGUUACAACCUUGCGUUAUUUUCGAACUCACCUCGAUCUUCAAUUGGUCUUAAUUUCAAUAUUUAUUUUGCUUUAGUUAUGCUGUCAAUAAAAUUAGCUUCAAGUAUGCCAAAUGAUGUGUUGUAUAGGGAAGUGGAAGAUGACAUGCUGCUGUUUUAACAACAACAAAAAAAGGUGGGGAUUUUGAAAAAAGUUUUAAUGUUAAUGCUGAAACCCAAAGCGUGCUUUUUUUAUGUUCAGGACUGGGACUGAAAUUUGUCUUAGAAUUUCAAUAAAAUUCUCAAACCUUUUA